AACGCAUUUUAAGUUCUUUUAUUAAGUUCUUUUUGAUCUGUUAGCAAUUUAAUUUCAGAUCGAGGGCGCUGAUCAGACAUGGUUGGACACAGAAGCAGAGCUCAGUGUCGGGAGAUUACCGGACCUACACCUCUUUCAGUGGCAGUGGUAUGGUCAAAUAAGAAACGAGCCAGACAGCCAUCAUACAGACCCCCAGAUUACCUUAUCAUUGAACGACGGAAACAAGAUGCUGCUCGCAACAAUGUGCUGGAGUAUACAAAGGACCAGAAUGCCUGCGAUCUAAGAACACGCUGGGAAAGGAGCACAGAGCAGAGGAUGGUGUCGGCCCUUAUUAAACAGCGUGUUAAUGAGGCAAUGGAACAGUACGAGAUGAGCAUCGAUGAACGAAGAGAAGCACUGCGUAAAAUGCUGGAAUCUGAGGAGAGAGGAUUGUUGCAAGAGAUGGAGACAAAGAAUGACGUAGUGCUUGAAAGGGAAACCAGGAUGCGUGAGAGAGCAAAGUAUCUACGGGAGAAAAGAGAGAGUGAGAGGCAGAAGGUGGUGGCUGAGAAGCUGGAUCAACUCGCUAGAGACCAGUGCGAUGAGCUGCGGGCUUUGAAUACACGCCGACACCAGGAAAAGAUCUGCACAGAGCGUGCUGCACAGAUCCAAUCACGUCAAGAAGAGCGUCGACUGCAGCAGGAGGAAGAAAUGCUGUUUGCACAGCUCUGGGAAGGAGAUCGCCUGGCCAAAGAGCAGCGAGAGAACCUGAAGGCUCAGCGUCAGAGAGAGAAUAACUUGCAGCAGCUGGCUUUCCUGCGUAUUCAAAUGGAGGCUGCAGAGCAACAGAGGUUGCAGGCCAAACUACUCAAAGAUGAAGAGGCCCAGUUACUGCGAGAUCAGAGGGAGAUGAUUCGUCUUGAAGAGCAGCGGGAGCACAGACGGAAGCUUCAGAACCAGGAGAGCUGGCGUAGGCAGCUAGACACCUCGCUGCGCCUGAAAAUGAAGCGUCUGGCACGGAAACAGCAGGAGGACCUGGCGUUAGACAUGAGCAUCCUUGAGCAACUGCUUACACAGGUGAAGGAUGAGAAAAAAGAAGAGUCUCAGAGGAAGCUGGAACUGCGUGAAGAGCAGCACAGGUAUCGGCAGUACCUUGCAGAACAGCUGGAGGAACAGAGAAAGCAAGAGGCAGAGACGGAGCAGCUGAUUGAGGCUGACCUGCAGCAGACGUGGAAGCAAAGGGCUGAGCAGAACCGUCUGGUGAAAGCAGCCAGAGACCGGCUCAUGAAAGAUGUUCUGGACACACGGCGCUUACAAAUUGAGGAAAAGUUGGAGAGAAAUGCUCAGAAACAGGCUGAACUGGCUAAGGAGAGAGACGAGUUGAAUAGAACCAUCCAGGAGAACAAGCUGCUGGAUGAACAAGAAAAAGCACGUCUCAGGGAGGCUUGUCAGGACUAUCAAGCUGGUCUGUUAGCUCAAAUUUUGCACAGGCAACAGCUGUGUGAUAUCAAGCAAGCUGAGAAUGAACAGGAGCUCCAAAGGAAUCGAAUGUACCAGGAGGAAUACAAUCAGAAGGUGCAGGACAUCCUGUCAAGGCCGAUGUCACACACCAGAGCAGUUCACCCUUUUAGAAGAAGAAGGGAUCAACUGACAAAUAACUAAACCUGCUGAAGUCAAUAAUUAUAAUCAGCCUCAUAGCACACUGUAUGAGUGCAAAUCAGUACCUACUGUAUCUAUCUGAUAUCACCCAAAUGAGGAUGGGUUUCUUUUGAGUCUGGUUUCUCUCAAGGGUUGGUCCUUUUAUCAUCUCAGGAGGUUUUUCUUGGCCACUGUCACCCUGGUUUGCUCAGGACCUUCUUCACAUUUUUUGAACGUAUUUUCAUAAUUUCUUUGAUUCUGUGAAGCUGACAGACAAUGCCCAUUGUUAAAAGAGCUAUAUAAAAAGAAUUUAAUCGAUUUGAAUAAUAACUGCUGCACAGUGAUAAUAAAGUUGAAUCUAAUCUAAUCUCUUCUAUUAAACUGUGAUUAGCUCUCACAAUGAGAUAUUUUCAGUGAGGUCUUAUACCAUUAUACUGUAUUUUACAGGCUAAAAUACUUAUAGUAUCUAUGAAUUGUGAUU